AUGACAUCCACAGCACCAGGAGUCUCGCAACGAGCAACGAAGCUCCACACGCACAUGUGCAACCUGCUGUCAGAUACGCUCUUCGGCCAAGAUGAGGUGAUGAAAAUCCUCGACACCUCUGACGUCCUGGUUCUCUUAGAGGUCGGUCAAGAGUUGGUGAGUAACAGCUUAAUCAAAUUGAUCCGGCAAGGGGAGGACUUGAUGUUCCAAGCCAUAUCUGUGUCUGAAGCCAACAAAAUCACAUCCAUGUCGGAAGACGAAGCCAUGAUCUACUCGUACAUUGAAGCCUCUGGCAGAGAAGGUAUAUGGACUAAGACCAUCAAGGCCAAGACCAAUCUUCAUCAGCACAUCGUGGUCAGGUGCCUAAAAACCCUCGAAAACCAGCGGUACAUCAAGUCCAUCAAGUCGGUCAAGCAUCCCACAAGAAAAAUCUACAUGUUGUACAACCUACAACCUUCCAUCGACGUAACUGGAGGUCCUUGGUUCACAGACUCAGAAUUGGACAGCGAGUUCAUAGACAACUUGUUGAUGGUCAUAUGGCGAUUUGUAGCGUCCAGAACGUACCCCACCGUGUUCCAACCACCCGCCGCCAACGUCAAUAUUCUACAGGCAUCAUAUCCUUACAAUUACACCGGAUACGUGGACUUAAACAGCAUAAUGGAUUUUAUCAUCAAGAGUGAGAUCACCAACAUCGACUUGGCCAUCCAUGACAUACGGGCCUUAUGCGACGUGUUAGUGUUUGAUGAUAGGCUUGAAAUGGUCUAUAAUACGGUGGAUCAGUACAAAGUCACCUGGCAGAGCAUAUUGGAUGCUGGAUAUGGAAUUCAGUAUAAGGAACAUAUGACGCCUGCCAUCGAGAGCGUAGUCAACAAGCAAGCAUUCUCCAUCUUUAACAACAGAGGGGGAGAUGUCAUUGACGAAGAAGAAGAGGAUUUGGUAUACUUUGAUGCCUGGGUACAUAGUUGA